AGCAUCUCCAAAAGCAAAUAACCCACCGAGGCGAACCGCACCGAGCAGAUGAUGCUUUUAGGGUAGACAUUGUCACAAUUUUGCACCUCGUUUAUCAUUCAUGCAUCUGUCAGAAUGGAAGAAGACCGCUUUAAAAUAGCCUGCGUCUCUCCAUCACAAACCUCCCCGGCUCGUUUGAUGGAGAUCCUUUUCAUUUAGGUCAAAGCGAUGCAGAGGUUUAUCUUUUGAGGACCCCGCACGGAUGUAGCGCCAGGCGAACAAAAGGCGUCCUCCCCACCCACCCCACCACCUUCGUCUGGCUGGCGCACCUGGCUUGCCCCCCUGUUGCCUCCUGACAUGACAGCGGCGCGGAGCCGAGUGCAGAGGAAUAAAGGAGCCGGCGGACGCACGGCGGACACUCGGCCGCAGCAGAUCGCAGCUUGUGGGGACGAGCGCCAAGGGCAGUGCGGCAGUCAGCAGGCAGACCUGGGGGAAGAGGAGGCUGCAGUGAUCCGCGGUACUCCCCCCCUUAACCCCUACACCACCUCCACAGCAUCCCCAAUAUAUCCCAGCUGAUUCGAUGGCGGAUGAAUCCUGACUGCUUUCCCACUUUUCUAGCUCUGAGGCGCUUUUAAAAAGCCGUUUUCAGGCAAGGCUGGAACCUGGAGGGGGACUGAUGUGCAUGUUAGCCAGGCGUCAUUUGCUCCCUUGGUUUUUGUUCACUCUGCUGGUCACCUGCACCAUGGGAUGUAUUCAAAGCAUCGCGUGCAAGCCCCGCAUCAGACGGGAGAAUAUCGUGGUGUACGAGGUGUCAGCCUCCAUCGACCAGUGCCCCACCGUCAUCGAGGAGAACUCGCCCAUCGUGCUUCGCUACAAGACGCCGUACUUCAGAGCCUCAGCAGGAGUUGUCAUGCCGCCAGUGCCCCGGAAUGAAACUUGGGUGGUGGGCUGGAUCCAAGCGUGCACCCAAAUGGAGUUUUACAACACAUACAGUGACAUUGGCAUGUCCAGUUGGGAGUUGCCGGAGCUGCGAGAGGGUCGGGUCAAGGCCAUCAGCGACUCGGACGGCGUCAGCUAUCCCUGGUACGGAAACACCACCGAAACGGUCACCCUAUCCGGCCCUACCUCGAAACCGUCCCGCCUGACGGUCAGCAUGAAUGACAACUUCUAUCCAAGCGUGACGUGGGCCGUUCCCAUCAGCAACAGCAACACGCCGAUGCUGACCCACAUCACCAGGGAUCAGAGCUUCAUCACAUGGCUGGUGGCCAUGAACUCCAUCACCAAGGAGCGCAUUGUUCUACAGACGGUGCGUUGGCGGAUGAGGGUGGACAUCGCUGUGGACCCCGACAUGCCUCUGGGCUCACGAGCUUCACUGGUGGGCCGGCCUUAUCAGGAGCAGCCGCACAUCCUCAACUACCAGGAGCCCAUCCCUCCCAACGCCCUGGGUCGGCCGAACGCCAAUGACGCCCAAGUGCUAAUGUGGAGGCCACGGCGAGGGGCGCCACUCGUCGUCAUACCGCCAAAAUAAGAGCCUGGAAUGUUUGCACAGACAAAACCUAUUGUCUGUUCUUGCCAAAACAAAAGACGAGGUACAGAACAGAUAGACGACCCAGUGGUGGAUAAUCCAAGUGGAUCUCACGCAACAGAAUACAGAGAACUGGCGUUGCAUCAAGUGUUAUUUGGCCAAGAGUUGCAUUUAAGGAGCUUUGCCAGCAUUUUUACAACUCUUUUUAGACGCACCACAGAGGUACCCAACGCCAAACAAGAACUGCAUCCUGCAUCCUUAUGUAGAUCUUAUUGCAUGCAAUGAGCAAAAACCGUCCUUGACAAGGUUAAGAAUCGUAUUUGUUUUGUAUACAUUAAGGACUUUUUGUGAUUGAGAAGUCACAUCAGCCAUAAAAGAUAGCACCAUCAGGCUGAUGAUACCUCUUCAGUGCCAUUAAAGGCCUUCAGCACACUCAUUUCCAGAGUAAAAGAAUGUAUUAAGAUUAAUUUAAAAGACGUGAAGUAUUAUAUUUAUCUUUUUAGGUUAAGAUCACGCAUCGGUCUCAUUGUAACAAGAAUAUCAGGUCAGUCUUCUCACUGAACGCUUGAGUUUAUAGCACAAUGAAAUCAUAGAAGAAACAUUUUUCAAUUCCAAAUCAAAGCUGAUAUUUUUUUUCUUAAUGUACCUGCUAUGUUAUCUUUAGGAUAUGUGCUCUUAUGCUUCCAAAAAAGGAAAGGUACAAGAACAAAUGUCACAUUUGGAACCAGGCUUGUUUGAAUCAGGGGUGUCAAACUCAUAAUAGCUCUGGGGCAGUACGGAGGAAAAUCUAUUCCCAAGUGGACCAGACUGGUAAAAUCAUGGCAGCAUGAUAACUUCAAAAUAAAGACAACUUCAUAUUGUUUUCUGCUUUGGCCAAAAAUACAACAAGCGCUUUCCGAAAAUGUGCAAAUCAAAUAAUCCUUUUGAAAAUUCAGAGGAAAAAAUUGGUGCAGUUUGAAAACACGAUGAACUUGGACUUUGUGUCAGUGUAUCGACAAAGCCAUCAAACUUUAAGUCACAGCCUAUCUGUGAUUGAACAACAUAAAUCAUGAAUAGAUAAAAACUCUUCCAGGUAUUUAAUACCUCAUUUGUCCUGUCCACGAAUUAACCCUGUGCUAACUCAACAAACCAUACAAACGGAGGUAGAAACUA